AUGGGUAGGAGAAUUCUUUGAGGGAAAAAAUCAUCCCUUUUAAAGGAAGUUCUGCAUCCCUAAGAUGAAGAAGAUCUUCAUAUACUUACUGUUUAGUGUGUUGCUUUCUGAAAAAUAUGCAAAUACUCAGACAUGUGAAAUUGAUAGUGUGAUUGAAUUGAAGACUAAGAAACUAAUUGAUUCAGCAGUGUCUUCAUAUCUGCCAAACCCCCAGCUGGUUUGCCAAAAUGUGGAUGCUCGGGGUGCUUUUGUCGCUUGUCCAUCAGAUUUUCUACUGACUUCAUGUGCCUGUGGAAUGGCUUGUGGGUCUUGGGAUAUUCGUCAAAACUCAAUUUGACACUGCCAAUGUGCCAAUAUUGACUGGACUUCAGCCCGGUGCUGCAAAGUCUCUUAACUGAUGGCUCCUAAGCCGCUUUGAUGGCAGGUUGGCUCCAGUUUUUGUGCUCAAUAAAAGU